AAUCAGCUAGUUGAGACAGAGAUCGAUGAGCAGCCGGGCGGUGUGUGUGUGUGUGCGCGUAACCGAAGGAUAGACUCGCCGAUGCUGCUCCUGCCCCGGACCGUGUACUGACGAAUCUACCGAACCCAAAGCAGAGGCGAUAUUUCAUGUUUUUUUUCCACCGAGGCUCUUUUUACUAUCUCACAUUACUGGCGUGAUGCAGUCUCAAGGAAGCACAUCCACCCAGCCCUCCUUUGAUUCCCUGAGCUCCAGCGACAGCCUCGCGCUCAGCGACUCGGAACAGACUGAGGACGACACGGACGUCUUUUUGACGGACAGACCUUCCUCCGUCAUCAUUAGUGACUUUGUGUCCAAAAAGGACCUGGAAUCGAGGAGCCCCAGGUCACAAUGGGCGUGCAAGAAGGAAGAGACAUACAGGUCGCAGAAUGACUGCAAAGGAUCAAAGUUUGGCCUGAUUGACGCAAACCAUGCGAGCCAGAGAUCGAAAUCACAGGGAGAUCUGCUGUUUGCUCAGAAGUGUGCUGACCUGCAGGGUUUUGUCAGGCCGCUCCUCGAGUUGCUGAAUGGACUGAAGAGUGGUCGAUUUGACCAGGGCUUAAGCAGUUUUCAGCAAAGCGUCGCCAUGGAUCGCAUCCAGAGGAUUGUUGGGGUUUUGCAGAGACCAGACUGUGGGGAGAAGUACCUGAAUACAUUGCUCCAGGUGGAGGUGAUGUUAAAGCUCUGGUUUCCCCAUAUCUCCACUCAACCUGUGUCUUCAUCCUCCAGUGUUGCCGCAUCCCCCACUCACUCCCUCCAGGACACUUGCAGCUCCACUCCGCCACACAAACAUCGGGAUCAGCUGCAUAUUCCUGUCAAGAAGCGCAGACUCAGCUGGACAGAUACAGACUCCCCCAUGCCCUCCCCCAUACCUAUCAAGUGCUGUCGUACCAGUGGAGAGGAGAGGAGGGAGAAGCACAAUCAAGACGAAAGGGAUCAGUCUACCUCUUCUCCACUGCUGGCUUCUGACACAAACCCGUAUUCACCAGACAUGGUCUGCAACAGCCAGCUAAACGAUAGCGCAAAGGGAAAUGACAGCGAGGGCGAGGCGCUGGAUGAGCGUUCUAAGUACAAAGUGGCCCAGUGCUCCGAGCCCAGGCUGACAUGGGUGCAUCUUGCUCCCAUUUCAUCUCCCCGAAAUGCUUGUCUCUCACACGAGGUCACAAAAAUGGAAGGUAUCAACGAAACCAUUCUCACAGUAGGCCGCAGGGGCAGUCCAGCUAUGCAAGACAGCUCCAUCUCGUCCACCACGCCCUCUAAGAUCCCCAAAAAUCAGAAGAAGCCAACGCAGUGCCAAAGCCAGCUCAUUGCUGCCAAACAACAAGGUGAAACAGAGACCACGGGGACAUGUCAAGGUCAAAACCAGCCUGCACUUGUCUCACUGAAGCCUCUGGCCAGGGUAUGCCCCUCCACUGUGGAGACCUGACACACCAAAAGAGCAAAGAGCCAGCAGCCUUGCUCCCCUUAUUCCACCUAAGGCUAAUAGCGGCUGCAACGCAAAGAAAGGAAAGCAAAUGGUGUUUAUGUAUGCAUUUCAAAAGGAGGAGAAUUGCUGUUUGUGGAGAUGGAUUUUGUUAGCCUCAUAGCAUAAUUGCCUCAGUCAUUUCUGCCGCUAUAUGACUGAGGCAAUUAUGCUAUGAGGAUAACAAUAUAAAGGAUGAAUUUUUAUGGAAAAGGAAAAUUUCAAAGCGAAGUUAGAGCAUUAGAAGCAGUUAAAAUCUUCCCUGGUUAUUUUCAUUUAGUAUAAAUCUAGAAUAGUUGGUCCUGGAGGCUGAAGCUCAUUGUUAGUCUUAGACUUAUGCUUUACAGCAGUUUAUUCCAACACUACCUUAUAGACAUUUAAACUGUUGUCACUGUGGCAUUGGGUUGGUAUUUACACAAAAAACAAUGACUGUUUACAUAGCAAAUGGAGCUUGGAGGCAGCGUGUCACACAUGGUCUUCCUCUAAGACGCAUACUGAGAACAGAACACGUAAAGUGUUUCUGGUGAGAAUACCUAUGUGAUAUUCAAAAAUCCAUAAUAUCAAAGACGUUAACCUGAACAUCAAUUUAUUUUGAGACUGCUUUAGUUUCCUGUUAGAUAAGAAAAACGCUUCACUUGUUCAGUUUUCAGUACGUGUUUCACACGGGAAGGUCAUUGGUGGCGCAUCACCUCCUACCUGUAUUUCCUGUUUAAGUAAUCACCGGCUUUUGUGUAAAUAACCAUCAAAUGCAAAUGAUUAAAGGCUCAUUAAAUAGAGCUUUCAUACACCGCUGUAGUGCUUUGGAGAUUGGAAUUGUUUUGCUGUAGAAGUCCAGGUCCAACUAUCCUGAAUUUAUACUAAAUCAGGAUGUAAAGAGAGUUAUCCACUGGUGGUAAGAUGAUGAAUGCUUAUUACCUUUAACAGAACCUCCUUUAAAAAAAAAAAUUAUCCCUUUAAACUGGCUAUUUUAAAUAAUAUGGGAUCUAAUAUGUUUCAAUUAUAUAAAAAACUAUUGAUAAAAUAAUAUUCUUGAUUUCAUAAUAAUCCAAACACACAAUUAAAGAGGAAAAAGAGCUAAAAUACACUUAGAUUUCAGGAAUAGAAGGAAAUGACUGUUGAUGGCGACUGGAAUGAGUUUUGGGAAACAACUGACAGAAUAAUCUUUUAAGCAUGAAAGCAAUCAAUAUAUUCAAUGCUGUUUUCACACCACUUGAACUUGAUCUUAAAACUCUAAAAAUAGGGAGUCUGAUGUCGGUAUUUAAAAUGAGAACUUGGAGUGCUAUGAGUUUAAUCAGAGUAAUUAACAGAGUGAACUGAUUUUUGGGUUAUGAAAGAAGGCCUGUUUGAUAUUACAGCUAAUUGUAGAUAGAACAGAGGAAAAGUCAUUAUUGAAUUCAGUGAAUACAAAUCUUCUGGCUUGCAUUGUGAGAAAUACAAAACUGACUAAUUAUUAUGCUGUAUAUGUGGUGUGUUUGAGACAGUGGAAAACAAAUAUGUAACAUCCCACGAAUGUAUUCCAAAAAGUUUGAAUGCUUCACAUCCAGAGGAUGGUCUGCAAACCGACCGGCGAUCAAGGUCAAGAAGGACUUUUAAUAAUGACCAGCCUGAGGAAAACAAACAAAAAAAACACCAACCACUCAUAUAACCACUGUUAAUUUAUUCACGUUUAAAUCAGACACUGUAGCUAUUUAUUAUUGUUUGUAUUUAUUUAUUGGGCAGCUGAUUAUCGCCUGCUGUGCCAUGGCAUAGUUGGCCCACAGAUUUUUUUUUAAUUAUUAGAUGCUUCUGACAUUUCAUGAGUUUUUUACUACUAUCAUAAGGGGGAAAAAUGAGGCAGAUGAAAUAAUUUGAACAGACUAUUGGACUACUGUGCCUUUUUGCCAAUGUGUUUGAAAAAGAUCUUUGGUGCUUUCGGUGGAUUUUGAUUGUUUGCAUUUCACAAAACCAGUAUACAUUCAAUCAAGGAAAGCCAACAUGUAGUCUACAUUUUAAAGAUGCAUCAUUGCAUUAAAACCAACAGCGUAAUAGACAACUAAAACAACAAAGUCCAGAUCUGGUAUCCUCAUAUCUGCUGUUUAUCCUCACUGCCCACAUCUCGAGCUGAUAUGGUGUGUGCAUGUUUUGGUAAUGUUUUGGGUUAGAAACCAGUAAUGUAAAAUCAAAAACAAGUGUUUAUUUGAUUUCUUUAUUCUUUUGAACGUAUAAAACAUACAAAGUAAAAUACCAGAAAAAGGGAAACAAAAAAUAUUGCUAGUAAGGUAUGUAGUUCUGCCAUCAUCCUAUAAUGUGACUGUAGGAGGCGCUGUCUCCGCUGUACGCCUCUAAGGUGUUGCCUCAGAAUGUUUAAUGAGGAGACAGAUAAGAAUGAAAACACGAAAUGAACAGAUUUCUAAAAUUUGGACGAUGAGUAUCUUUUUUAAAAACUGUCUCAUAUUCAAAAAUGCUCAUUCCCACCAUAUAUGGGCAGUGAUGUCACAGGGUGAAGCAGGUUGUGGAGCCUGUCAAAAUUUAAGAAAACUGGCCUUUUUUGUUUCUCUUUGCCAAUGAUUUUUUUUUAUUAUUAAAUAAAAAUACAGAUUUUCAGGGAUUUUUUUUUCCACCAUAAAUAAAAAUGUCUUUUUUUGUCUUUCUUAGUUUGAAUUUUAACAUGAAAUCUGUUAACCACUUGUUUUUUUUGUUGUUGCUGUUUUUCAUUACUGUUUUGUGGUUGAGAAAAUUCAACCUUUCAUGAACUGAAUAUGCACACCGUCAGCAGUGGCUAUGAUUUUGUCAUGUAUGAUUGAAAGUAUCUUUUUUUUAAAAGCCUUUUUGGGCUCUUGUUAGUGGCGGAGCUAAUUGAACUGCUGUAGCUCUUAAAAUAAAAAAAAACUAAAUGUAUAUAAAUUAGGUAAUAUUUGUACUCAAUGUUUUACAGGAUCCCUUUAUUAGUAAAAAAAAAUAAGCAUUGACAUAACAUUCCUAUAAAUAUUGGGCUAUCUUUAUCAGAGUGAUUGGAUCAACUUGUAUAACAAAAUUGUAUAAAUAUUGAAAUAAUUUUUUUUUUGUAAUUCUACCACUAAUUCUGGACCGAGGGAGAUGACUCCUCUAAAUAGCCUCACAUGUAAACACAGAGCCCCCCUGGCAGCCAUCAUGUUACUGCCGAUGUUUUUGGAGCAAUGAGCACACAAGCCCUCCGUCACAGAUCCAGACUCUGACUCCGGAUCAGAGCCAUAGGGGGUUGUCUUCCACCUCAUUCUUGUUUACUGUUAAAGUAUGACAGAGAAACCAAUUGCACUUAUCUGUUAAGCUGUUUCUUGGGGGGAGACUCUCUCGGGUGUAUGUUUUUUAUUAUAGUGUCCACUGCUGAUUAGUCAGGAAUAACAAUGUCUUGUUUAUUUUAGCUGCCUUUCUCUCAUUAUAUGCAAACUGACUGUAACUCGUCCCUUCCCCCACUCUGCUGUACUGGUCUGCCCUUGCUGUCUCUCCUACAUCUCCCAGUUAGUACCUUUUUCUUUAACAAAGCUCUUUCUUUCUUUCGCCCCAUCUUUUUCUGAAAUUAUCCUCCUGACUAUUUCUCUAACAAUGACACGAGACAGAAAUCUUUUAAUAAAUGACACAUUUUUUAAAGUUAAA